CUGGAACGUUGGUACACCCCAACGUCACCACCGAUAGGACACGAUGCACUUGCAAAGAGACGCCAGCUCUAUGCGCCAUGAACGGAGCAGACACACGGACACACGGUGAAUUGAACACGAGGGAACAGCUGCUGCCGACACCCACGCCGUCACCCGAACCAGAAGCAGACGAUGUGGCACCUCCGAUCGAUCGCCGCAACUAUGAAGAAGCGAAGAACGAAGAGAUGUUGCUGAACACAACGAAUGGCGCCAAGGAGGAGACGAACAGCGCUAUCGGUUCGCGUGCGACAAGUAGGAGACCCAGUGUUCAUGAAGAGGCUAUACAGUCCGACACCAACGAGAAAAUCCGACCCAUCAAGCGUCCUGGAGAUGGGCGGAGAAAGAGCAGUGUAUCGGACCACGACAAGAUGCUGAAGCUCAGCCCCCGCCAGAUUCAUGAGCUCACCAGUGAGCCUUCGAGUAUUCCUGUGCGGGCAGCGACGCCAAUUCUCGAGGACGAGCUCGAGGACGCAACACCACUAGAGAACAUGGAUGAUCAGGGCAACAACAAGCCACGGGGCUCGGUCCUGGACCGGCCUGUAGAAUUCAAUGGCACAAAGCACGAUGGCAGCAAGGAAUACGGCUCGCGAGGUCGGGAGCUGACCCAAGAGAAAGAGACACUUGUCAUCAAGACCCCUUCUACCGAGUUGCGCAAUGGCCGGCCGAUGCCUCUGUCACGGUCCAUUACCACACCUGCGCUCGUGCGAAGAACCACUUCAAGAUCACGGUCGCGAGCACACAACCACACGAAAGAAGGAGAGGAACGGAGGCAAGGUCGACAUGUGCCGCCACCGCUAGACAUGCCGCACAAGGAGGCCACAUCCAAAGGCCACGAACGACACAGGGAGCCUCGCGAUGUGCGUGACCACGUAUCACCAACCGCAAUUGCUCUCCCAUUGCCGCCAAUGUCAAUGCCUACCUUCCUCUCACUUGAGCUCUCUGCGACCCGUCCCUCUCCGCUGUACAUUUAUAGACCUGCUACCACUGAGUUUCCUUAUGAAUCUUCCGAGAUCAAAUACGAGCGCUUGCUCAAUUUCUUAAGGAUACCCUUGAAGAUUGAAAUUAUCCUAGGGUUCGGGGCCUUUGCUUGCUUGGAUGCUUGGAUGCACGUCUUGACCAUCCUCCCACUACGCUUCCUUCUUGCCAUUGCCAUCUUGAUCAAAUGGUGGGGCUCAGUUAUUGUCAAAGAAUUCCGUGAUCUCUGGGCCUUCGUUUACAAUGGUCUACCCCGUCUGUGGCAACGGAGAAAGCAUGUGGACGGGCCCACACCUCUUGCUACUCCAGCUGAAGAGGAACCACCAUCCAUGUCGCGGAGGCCAUCUGCUACCUCGACAGCCAGGCAGGAUCCUCGGGCGUCAACGAGCUUCCAGUUUCCAGACCUAAAAGAACUCAAAGAGCUCAAAGCGCGACGACCUCGAAACUCACGAUUUCGUCAUCGCCGCACAAAGUCAACACCAUCUACACUCCAGCCUAGUCACAAGGCAGAUAUACUCAAAGGCUUACUGGUCAUUGCAAGUUGUUUUGUUUUGAUGCGUUUCGAUGCGAGCCGGAUGUACCAUGGCAUUCGGGGACAGUCGGCCAUCAAGCUCUAUGUCAUCUAUAACGUUCUCGAGGUCUGUGACCGCUUGUUGUCUGCGAUGGGCCAGGACGUCCUCGAAUGCCUCUUUUCCCGCGAAACGCUUGAUCGCAAUCCCGAUGGCAGAAGCAAAGUGCUUCGUCCACUUGGCAUGUUCUCACUUGCCCUUGUGUACACAGUGGCGCAUGCUACUGCACUCUUCUAUCAAGUUAUCACACUGAAUGUAGCUGUGAAUUCGUACUCGAAUGCUCUACUCACACUGCUCAUGUCGAAUCAGUUUGUGGAAAUUAAGAGUACGGUAUUCAAAAAGUUUGAAAAAGAGAACCUUUUUCAGAUUACCUGCGCAGACAUUGUCGAACGCUUUCAGUUGUGGCUCAUGCUCCUGAUUAUUGCCAUGCGUAAUGUAGUCGAAGUCGGUGGUCUCAGUAUUCAAAGCAGCGAAACAUCAUGGACGGCCAUGUUUACGGGUUCUACCAACGCGUCGACUGGAACGGCGUUCAAGGCAUCAAACAUCAUUCCUAUGAGCUUCACCAUCUUUCCCAAGUACAUUGCUCAGGUGCUCAACCCGUUCUUGCUGGUACUGGGCAGUGAGAUGUUUGUAGAUUGGCUCAAACAUGCGUACAUUACAAAGUUCAACCAGUACAAGCCGGAGGUGUACAGCAAGUUCUUUGAUGUACUAGCAAAAGAUUAUUAUUCAAAUGCAUUCGCCGACGCAGACCUAACCCGCCGACUCGGUCUCCCCGUGAUACCUCUCUCCUGCCUCUUCGUGCGCGCCGCAAUACAAACCUACCACAUGUUCAUCGCACUGCACAUGCCACCCCCUCUCCAUGCAACAACCACAUCCCUCACCUCAGAAGACGCCACGUCCUCCUCACCCGCCACCACAGCCGCCCUCGCGCACAUCGACCACGUUUUCCGCCGCGCUCUAGGCCGCUCCUCGUUCGGCGCAGGCCUCGCCUCAAAACCCUGGUACCACCCCCUCUCCUACACGCUUGACGACCUCAUCGCCGCCUCAACCAUGCUCAUCGUCUUCCUCGUCAUCUACCUCUUCUUCCUCGCCUUCAAGCUGCUCCUCGGCAUGAUCCUGCUAUCUGUCAGUCGCAACCGGUACCGCGGCAUGCAGGAGCGCGAGAAGAUGAGUGUGGAGACGGGCGGGAAACGUAUAGGGGGUUGGGGGGUUGUCGAUGUGGAUGAGGAGAAGAGGAAGGUUAUUUAUGAGGAUGAUGCGGAGGGGUUGAGACGGCUGAGGGAGAGGGAUGAGAAGGGGAGGAAGAAGGAGGCUGAGGAGAAGGAGAGGGGGACGGGAUUUGGGCAUGUUAGUCGGUAUGCUAUGGUUGCUAAGAGGAUUUGGUGAUGAAGAAGUUUUUGUUUCUUCGGUAGAGAAGAAAAGUGUGAGGGUUGGGAACGGUGAGAGGUUGGGGAUAGGGGGCAACUGGGACAAUGGUUCUCUCUCUCACUCUCCAUUUCUCAGUAGAUGAAAGAUGGAUUGUUUCUUCUUUAUAGGAUAGAUUCAAUGUCCAUGCAUUUUCUUCUAUGCAUUUUCUUUUUCCCCACGUCUUGCUAUGGAUCUAUAC